UAGUAUUUUUAGUGAAAUUAUGGCUUGCGGUAUAUUUUCAAAUUACAAAAUCCAUGCAAUGUGAUAAAAUUUAGAUAAAUCCCUGAUAAUUUAAAAAUAAAAAAUAAAAAAAAUAGUUAUCUUCUAAAUUUUAAAACAAAUUAAAAAUUGGAUAAAGUGCCAGAAAUCGCCCCUUGAUUAUGACUUGCAAUUGUCACUAGACUUGGGUUCUGAAUUUUGGGUUGGGUUUUGGUUUCUUCAAUACAAAAUUUGAGGAGGCCCAAACUUCUUAUCAUUUGGGACCAUUGAUAAAUCCAUGGACUCGGAAAGCGCAAAACGUACAGGGUAAGCUGCUUCUUUUGGCGCCACACAACGCGUUUGAAAAUCACUUCAUUCCCUCGCCAUUGUCCUCCUUUUGCCUCUCUCUCUCUCUCUCUCUCUCUCUCCCCCCCUCUCUCCCUCUCUCCAAACAGAUCGCCUGCUAACAGCCACCAUGGAGCAGCAGAGACACCAGAAGACGGCCCAGGCCCAAGAACACGAAGACCUAGAAGAGAUUCAGCAUGGUCCUUUUCCGGUUGAACAGCUUCAGGCAUCUGGGAUUGCUUCCAUUGAUGUAAAGAAGCUAAAAGAUGCGGGUCUCUGCACAGUUGAAUCUGUUGCAUAUUCUCCUAGGAAAGAACUUCUGCAGAUCAAAGGAAUCAGCGAAGCUAAAGUUGACAAGAUCAUUGAGGCUGGCAUGUUUACACUCUUUCUAUUGUUGCUGUUAUGUUUUUUAUUCCUUUCAUCUGCAAAUUUACCAGAUAAAUGAGAAUAAAAUCUUAAAGUGUGUAGUUUUUCUUGCGUGUUAACAGCUUCCAAAUUGGUUCCUUUGGGUUUCACCAGUGCCAGCCAGCUCCAUGCUCAGAGGCUUGAAAUCAUUCAGAUAACUUCUGGAUCAAGAGAACUUGACAAGGUCUUAGAGGGAGGAAUUGAGACAGGAUCUAUAACAGAAAUAUAUGGCGAGUUCCGUUCGGGAAAGACUCAGCUGUGUCACACACUUUGCGUCACUUGCCAACUUCCAUUAGAUCAGGGUGGUGGUGAAGGAAAAGCAAUGUACAUCGAUGCUGAGGGAACAUUCAGGCCCCAGAGACUCUUACAGAUAGCAGACAGGUUUGGAUUGAAUGGUGCUGAUGUUUUAGAGAACGUAGCUUAUGCUAGAGCUUAUAACACCGAUCAUCAAUCAAGGCUUUUGCUUGAAGCAGCUUCAAUGAUGGUGGAAACGAGGUUUGCUCUUAUGAUAGUGGACAGCGCUACUGCUCUUUAUAGAACAGAUUUUUCGGGAAGGGGAGAACUGUCAGCCAGACAAAUGCAUCUUGCAAAGUUCUUGAGAAGCCUUCAGAAAUUAGCCGAUGAGUUUGGUGUAGCUGUUGUAAUUACAAACCAAGUUGUUGCGCAAGUGGAUGGUUCUGCCAUUUUCGCUGGGCCUCAAAAUAAACCAAUUGGUGGUAACAUUAUGGCUCAUGCUUCUACAACAAGGCUUGCUCUCAGAAAGGGAAGAGCGGAGGAGCGUAUUUGUAAAGUAAUAAGUUCUCCAUGCUUAGCUGAAGCCGAAGCACGAUUUCAGAUUUCUCCAGAAGGUGUUACUGAUGUGAAGGACUGAUCCUAAUCGGUUCUGUUUGUGCUACAAUUGGUUUCCUUAUUGCUUGCCCCGUGACAAGCUUGCUCUUGAAAUAGAAAAGCUGGAGCAUGGUCUAGAAUUUCUGCAGAAGGUGGUGUUGUUACCCAUGUCAAAGAUUGAUCCUUACCAGCUUCUUUUGAGGACAUUUUGUUCAUUAAUAUGUGUCCUUGUAUCAUUUACGGAUAUACAAGCAAGCAAGAUAUGUCAACCUUGGAUUUUUGCUUUCUAGGAACAUUAAAAUUUUGUAGAGCAGUUGUGCUUUAAUGCAGUUUUUCUUCUUUUCGCUGUAAUAUGAUAUCUCCAAAUGUUCUUGUAUUCUCAUGGAGGAUUGCUUAAUGGAUGUCCCUUUUUGUUA